AUGACGGAUGCUUCCCAAUUGCCUUCUUCAGUUUCCGCUCCUCAGGACGCUUCACAUUAUGAUGAGAGUUUCAACUUUUCAGAUAGCCUGAAGGACUUGAAGCAUCUUAGAAAGCAGUUAUACUCGGCAGCGGAUUAUUUUGAAUUGUCUUACAACAGACACUAUCAGAAACAAACAGUGGUGAAUACAUUGAAGGAUUAUGUGACAAGAGCUUUCAUAAACACUGUGGAUCACUUGGGCUUCAUGACUUAUAAGGUCAACUGUCUUUUGGAUGACAAGAUUGAGGAGGCAUCCGCAAUUGAGCUCAGAUUCUCUUGUGUUCGACAGAGACUACGAAUGUGUGAGAUGUUCAUAGACCAUGGAGGCCUUUCUCAGUAGUCACUAGCAAUAAGAACUCCGAAGCACCACAUGCAAUAUAUCUUACCAGUUUCAAAAGCUAAAGAUGGUGGAGAUAGCAAGAAUCUGCGAUACUGCAUGAUAAAUGGAUACCCAUCUGAACCCCGAAGAUCCGCUUCAAUGUCUACUCAUGCCAAGAGGAACAGAAGAUCUGGUAUUGAGCUACAUUCCAGCAAAAACAAACAUCUCUUCAAGGCCUUGCUUAGCAUGCGGAAGUCGAGAAAGGACAGCAAGUCGUAUAAGUUCUCGGACGAGAACUAA